UACCAAAUACGAACUGUUCGCAAUCACAAGCGAUUACCUCUGCAUUUCACAUUUUGCUAAUCGUACGAACUUUUGCGUUCAUUUGGGGAAGUUUACCGCUGGCUGCAUUUUUGGUCAUCGCAGGCGCGUGUUAUUUGCGCAUUAUUCUGAAAUCUUUUGUCCAGGUCACUUUAGUCCGGCAGUUUCCACUGGCGUCAAAUCAAAGAAAACUACGUGUUACACUAAACAAAAGAACCAUGAUAUUACCACUAACAUGGUUAUAUAAUCAUUGUGUAGACAUGUGAAGUACCUUAUAGUAAAUACCAUGAUGCAUGAAUAUGGUAAUCAUUCUAAUAUCAUGGUGCGUAUGAAAGUUUAUAUUGUAAUGAUCAAACAUGAUGUUUCAGAGCAGGGAUUGAUAUACAUGUGAACAUAUCAAGCUUUAGAUGUAUUCCAGUGGUGGACAUGACUGCGUGUUGGCUUUGUUUAGUGUCGGUUUGCAUUGAUGAAGCAGUACUGUGCCUCAUUUAGGAGAGUUUUCAGCUGGGGAUGAAUAUGAAUAUGAUUUCAUGCUGACACGGCAGCCUUCAGCCUCCACAUCAGGGUUCUCUGUGAUGCAGUAAAGAUGGGCGCUAUAGUGGAAAGUCAGGCAGGUGCGACCGGUUGAGCUGGCAUUGAGUAGAGGAAGAAUGCACUUAUCCAAUGUUGGCAGCAACAAAAUCUGCUUCCUGCUCUCCUUAGCAUUCUGCGCCCUGCUGGUGCUGCUUAUUCCCUCCUUACAACCUCCGCAGCGGCAGGGGGAUCUGCCCCAACCCCGGCCACAUGCCAAAACCUCCAGAGUCGGAUGGACACAUGGCCUCCACAGGAACUCUGUAUCAGCUGUACGCCAAGGAAAUGAUGAUGCCAAGGAUGAUAGUUUCACCCACCUGCUUCCUCUCGGGGGACGACCCCGAGACCUGCAGAGGGUGUUAGAGGGGGCCCCUGCACAUGCCAACUCCCCCGGGUCACGUUCCAAAAACUCUUUGGACUUGAGAGACAUUUUUAUUGCCAUAAAGACAACUAGGAAAUACCACAAGUCCAGACUGCAGCUCCUGUCCCAGACAUGGGUUUCCAAAGCAAAGGAACAGACGUUUAUCUUCACUGAUGGGGAGGAUAAGGAGCUCAGGCAGAGAGCAGGGCUCAACAUCAUCAACACCAACUGCUCCGCGGCUCACACUCGCCAAGCCCUGUGCUGUAAGAUGUCUGUAGAAUAUGACAAGUUCAUCGAGUCACAGAAAAAGUGGUUCUGUCAUGUAGAUGAUGAUAACUACGUGAUACUUCCCAGUUUGCUGGAGUUGCUCUCCUUGUAUUCUCAUACACAGGAUGUGUAUCUUGGCAGACCCAGUCUGGACCACCCCAUAGAGGCAGCCGAGAGAGUCAAGAGUGAUGGAUCGGUGUCGGUGAAGUUCUGGUUUGCCACUGGAGGAGCUGGCUUCUGCAUCAGCCGCGGUUUAGCACUCAAAAUGAGUCCUUGGGCAAGUCUUGGAAACUUCAUAACAACUGCAGAGAAGAUCCGUCUCCCUGACGACUGCACAAUCGGUUACAUCAUCGAGGCUCUUUUGGAGGUUCCUCUGACACACACGGGCCUGUUCCACUCACACCUAGAAAAUCUGCAGAGACUUCCCACAGACAGCAUACUCAAACAGGUGACCCUCAGUUAUGGUGGAUUCGAGAACAGGAGGAAUGUUGUCAGUGUUGGGGGAGCUUUCUCAUUGGCUGAAGACCCUUCACGGUUUAAAACGGUCCACUGCCUUCUCUACCCAAAUACUGAGUGGUGUCCACGCAAGACUCAUCACUGACUGGGAUACAAAUGCCUCUCAUCUUGCCAUAAAACUCUUAUCUGAAGAUGAUGCUCUGAAUAACUGAAGUGGCUGUCUGUGUGGAAGGGCAAUUAACCACAUGUUUUCUCACAUGAACGGACUCAAGCUGUGGUUCAGCUGGUUAAUAAUAUCUUUGUUUGGUACUUUGUACGUUUAUAUGGUAAAACAGGGUGACUAAUUUAUUUUAAAGUUGUUGUUUUUUUUGUCCUGAAAAAGUGAGCAUUGCCAAGAGUUCCUGUUGUAAGAGGAUUUUGAAAGGAGUAAGUUAUCUCAGAUUUAUUGGGGGAUUUUUCAUUUAAAUGAUGCAAACUGCAUUUUUGUGGUUUUGACAUCAUCUUUAUAGAUUCAUCUUUUUUCUAGGGUCGUAAAUAUGCCCACUUCUUGCGUGCAAGAUGAUCUCAUCAAUGUCUCUAAGGAAGAGCAACAGUAUUGAUAUAGUUUUAUAGUAUUUUGUUUUCAAGAUUUAUGCAACCCUGUUCAGCCAUUGCCAAUGCUUUUUCAGCUUGUGUUCGGGUUGUCUGUAUUGGUCCAUCUCUGUUGUUUGUGAAAAAGACAAUAUGUACUCCGUACAGUUUUUGGCAUGCAGACAGACAUGUUUGCCUGGAGUCGAGGAGAAUACCCUGAAAAAAUACAGACCAAAAAACAAUAUUUGUUUUUAUUCAGUGCUAAUUUAUCUAUCAUUGCCAUUGACGUUAUGUAUACGUUCAUUUUUUGAGUUACAGUAUUUCUCAAAUGUUUUCAUUAAAACAUCAGUGAGUGUGCUGAUAAGAAAACAUGACCUUUUAAAGUCUUAUGAUCAGCGUUCAACAUAUUUCUGUUUCAAGUGCUGUCCAAAUGUUUCCUCUGAUUUUUGCACAAACAUGUUCCUCACUGCAAGCCAUUGGUUUGCGUAAACCUACCAAAACUACACGUUGGUUUUACUUUCCUUAAAGUGUCAAAUGUUUUGUUCACCUGAAAGAUUUCCUUUGUGACAUCUCUUAACACUACCACAUGUUUUUUAACUGUUAACUGUUUAUCGAUGUGUUUGCACUUGUUUUGUGUGCGCGUGUUUUUUUUUAUCUGAUAAAAUUGAUACUGUUGCCAAGUAUGGAUUCCAUUUGAAUAAACAUAUUUAUUAUGCAUGUACAGCGAUUGCAUGAUUCAUGAUUUAAAACUACCCAGUGUCUGUCGCUGCAAUUAAACUGUCCAGUGUUCAUUGGCAAUUCAGUGACAUAAUUUUGCAGAUGUUCUUCCAUCUUCAUGGAAAAGUAGGUGAUGUAUUGUUCUAUGAAAUAUUUUACACUUUAAGAGACCACAGGGUUGAUGAUGUUUUCAUUAAUUGUCUUAAUCUUAAGUGCAUACACUGUAACAGCCCAAAAUGAAAAUGAAGUCAUCCAGAUGUUACAUGUGACAUUGUUUACCCAACUUAUGUGUACAUAAAGUCAUGUAGGCAUAUGAAUAGGCUUGGCAUUUCAUGCACAUUCUUCUAUAGCUAACAUUGCCAGUCACAAGUUAUUUGGUCUUAUUUCCAAAUUUGUACAAAUUUAAUAUUUGAAAGUAGGGUUGCACCGAUAUGAGAAUUUUUGGCAAAUACCGAUACCAAUUUUAACAAAAAAAACUACAGGUUGAUAACAAUAAUGGUACAUCAGAUAACUGUUUUACUAAGGAAUGCUUAAAAAUGUAGUGGUACAAAGGCUUUUUUUUUUAUUGUUCUUACAAUAAAUAAUUUCCAAAAUAUCAAAUUUCCAAUCUAAAAAAAUUCUGAUAUCUCAAGUCAAGGUCUGCUGGUUUCAAAGCCUUUUGAAAGUUUUCCCUCAUCAUGUAGCCUGUAAGUAAGUGCUUUCACAACUGUCACGUCCGUUUAUGGCCUGAUUAUUAUUUUUUUUCUGCAGUAAUGUGAGAAUGAGAAAAAACUAUUAAAUAUUACAUGUUCUCAGGAGUGCCAACCCUCCUACAUAUUGUGGCAAUUACAAUUUUUAUAAAAAAAAAAGUGUGUUACAAAUUAAUUAUAAAUAAGCCUUCAUGUUUUCAUGCUUAUUACCGAUAUGCAGAUGGUUUUAAUUUGGUCAGUAAUUGGCUGGUAAAUAUCAGCAGCAGAUAGAUACAUCGGUGCAUCCCUAUUUAAAAAGAAACCACCAAACCCCCCUGAGAGUUCACUUCGUGUUGAGCUCAAUCAGUAGCAUUAGAGGAAUAAUGUUGAAUACCAGAAAAUAUAAUUUCCAUUCAUCAUUCAUUUUCUUUUAAAAAAGCAAAACUCAAGGUUACAGUGAGGCACUUACAAUGGAAGUGAAUGGGGACAAUUUUUGGAGGGUUAAACGGCAGAAAUGUGAAACUUAUAAUUUUAUAAAAGCACUCACAUUAAUUCUUCUGUUGAAACUUGUGUAUUAUUUGAGCUGUAAUUUUUACAGCCACUUUUUUGGGUUUAUGGUGUUACGUCGUCAUGACAACGAAAUUGUAAAAUUGGAUUCAACUUUACACAGAAAAGCUUAAUAAGCCAUUUAUCACAAUAAAAUCAUGUUAA